AAUCAAAGAAGCUUUUAUCAUUGCGCACUCCUCUUUGAAACAAUUAUUUAUCAAGGGUGCAUUGAACUUCUUCCGCAGCUUCAAGCCUUCAAGAAUGGAUUCAACACCAACUGAAGUAGUUGUGUUCGAGUUUGGUCCAUAUUUCCGGGCAUACAAAAAUGGAAGAGUAGAGAGAUUCUUUGGCACCGACAAGGUUCCUUCAUCAAAUAAUUCUGAUCAUGCUGUUUCCUCCAAAGACUUUCUAAUCGAUCAAGAAACCGGCUUAUCAGCACGUAUUUUCAUUCCUAGCACCAUCAAAUCGGGCCAAAAGCUUCCUCUCUUAGUGUAUUAUCAUGGAGGGGCCUUUCUAGUUGGAUCACCAUUCUGUCCCACAUAUCAUAAUUAUAUGACUUCACUUGUAGCUGAAGCUAAUAUAAUCACAGUCUCUGUUGAUUAUAGACUAGCCCCUGAGCACCAUAUCCCCAUAGCUUAUGAAGAUUCAUGGGCUGCACUUCAGUGGGUAGCAAAACAUCAUAACAAUGAAGGCCCAGAAGGCUGGCUGAAUGACCAUGCUGAUUUCCAGCGAGUUUUUCUGGCUGGAGAUAGUGCUGGAGGCAAUAUAGUGUAUAACAUGGUAGCUCGAGCUGGAAUUGAAGACUUGGCUGGCUUGAAAAUAUUAGGGGCUUGUUUAGUCCAUACCUAUUUUGGCAGGAAAGAUUGUGAAGUGGACAAUUAUUGGCUUUUUGUGUGUCCUAAUACAAGUGGAAUCAAUGAUCCAAGAAUAAACCCAGCAAUGGAUUCAAGGUUGUCGACCCUCGGGUGCACCAGGGUGCUAAUUUGUGUUGCAGAGAAGGAUGUGUUGAAAGAGAGGGGGUUGCUCUUUUGUGAGACAUUAAGGAAGAGUGGUUGGGAUGGAGAGGUGCAGAUUGUAGAGACAGAAGGAGAAGAGCAUGUGUUCCAUUUGUUCAACCCAGAUUGUGAGAAGGCAGUGAUCUUGCUGAAAAGGUUGGCUUCUUUCUUUAACCAAGACAUGGCUAAUUAACUAAGCUAUAGCUAGCUAAUUGUGAUGGUUUUUACAAUAGGAAUUAAGUGUUGGGUUAUCGAUUCUCUUUGCCAUGAAACAUUUUAUUCUGAGUCAUUAUGUGAUUAGAGAAAUGAGAAGUGUGUAGAGUUUAAUGACACCAUUAAUGUGUGUUGAUGUUUUGUUCCAUUUAUGUUCAAGUAGUAGGGUGUAAGAGUACCAUCAUGUCUGGAUUAAUAAAAUACUGUUGUUUAAGCUAGCAGAGUGUACGUAUAGUCCCAAAAAAUGUAUCUUUCUUCUUCUCUUCCCCUUUGCCUUCUUUUCAUAAUAAAUGCAUGAUGUGAAGAUGGA